AUGGAGAUAAGACCAGUGCUUGCCGUCAUAAUCUUUGUGUACAGUAGAGAGGGCAACGCUUGGGGACUAUCCGAAGACGGCAGACUAGAUUUUGUCGAAUUGGCAGAAAAAUAUGAUCGUGACGUAGAGGAGUUUGAGGUUUUAACAGAGGACGGGUAUAAGCUGAAAUUGUUCCGGCUGCCCGGUGGGAGAAGAGGACCCCUGCUGUUGAUGCACGGCGUAUUCGACUCCGCCGACACGUGGAUCAUCAGAGGCAACACGUCACUGGCAAUCACCCUCGUCGACAGGGGCCACGACGUGUGGGCGGGAAAUUGCCGGGGCAACAAGUACGGACGCUCGCACGUACGCCUCGACCCCGACGUCGACGAGGAAUUUUGGGAGUUCUCCUUCGAGGAGUUCGGAUACUACGACCUGCCCGCCAUCAUAGACUCCGUUCUGAACCACACCGCAGCGGGGAGCGUCACGGCGAUUGGCCACUCGCAGGGCAACACCAUAUUCUACGUGCUGGCUGCCACGAGGCCGGAAUACAACGAAAAGGUGAACCUUAUGAUAGCUCUGUCGCCGAUAUGUUUUCUACAGAACGUCCCACCGCCGUUAAAAACGAUAAUAGAACUAUCGCCAUCGCUGAACGAGCUUGCAGAGUUUCUGAAUCUGCGAGAAAUGCUCGGCGAGAACUCCGCAUUGACCGCGAAAUGGCGGACGCUUUGUCCGAAACCGUUAAUAGGUUACAAGAUCUGCAUACAAGCCAUUCUAUUCCUACUGACGGGUGACGACGAAGAUGAAUUGGAACCGGAUUUCGUGCCUACUGUAGUCGGACAUUUUCCCACUGGCACUUCGGAGAAGAACCUUUACCACUUCGGCCAAGUUGCUUCGGGGAGGAAAUUCGCCCGAUACGACUACGGCGCGAAGGUGAAUUUUGCGAUAUACAAUAGAAGUACACCGCCGGAGUACGAUUUGAGCGCGGUCCGGUUCAAAGUUGCCUUGCUGGUCGGUGCCAACGACAAAUUAUCGACACCCGAUGACGUGGCGAUACUCAGGCAGAAACUGCCCAACGUCGUGUACUAUCUACUCAUUCCAAGGAGAAAGAUGAACCACCCUGACUUUAUUUGGGGCCGGCAUAUUGAAGACUAUUUACUACCAUAUUUAUUCGACUUGAUA